UAAUACGGUUUUUGUCCCCCACCCCCACCCCCACCCCCACCCCCACCUUUCUAAACACAUUCGAACACAGGAUAAGUAGACAGACCCCUCUUCUCAAAUCCGGCGAGCACAGCCGUCUUCUUUUUCGAUUCCCGGUGAAGACCGCGUGAAACCAUCACCACAAAACCUCUUAUCUCUCUCUAUUUCUUCUCCACUGACCCUCUCUCUAUUUGGAUUUGAUUAUGUCAUCAGCUCAAGACCCUUUUUACAUUGUGAAAGAGGAGAUUCAAGAUUCUAUUGAUAAGUUUCUCCAUACCUUUCAUCAAUGGGAACGGAUGCCUCCAGAUAGUGGGGAGAGGAUACGCCUCACUAAGGAGGUUCUUACUGGAUCCGAGAGCAUAGAAUGGCAGGUAGAUGAAUUGGACAAGGCAAUAACUGUUGCAUCUAGAAAUCCUGCUUUGUAUGGUAUCAAUCAAGUGGAGCUUGAUAAUCGAAGAAGAUGGACAAGCAAUGCCCGCGAUCAGGUGAAAACUGUCAAGAAAUCAGUUGUAACUGGAAAGGAGUUGAAUGACACUAGCACAUCUAAUUUCAGUGAAAUGCGUCGUGAGCUUAUGAGACUGCCAAAUCCUCAUCAUGCUGAUCAAUCACAAAAGUACAGUGCAGAUAAUGAUGAUUUCAUAACAUCAGAAUCUGAUAGACAACUACUUCUCAUGAGGCAACAGGAUGAAGAACUAGAUGAACUUAGUGCCAGUGUGCAAAGGAUCGGAGGUGUAGGGCUUACAAUACAUGAAGAGCUCCUUGCACAGGAGAAAAUUAUAGAUGAACUUGGCAUGGAGAUGGACAGCACGUCAAACCGUCUUGAUUUUGUUCAGAAAAAGGUUGCUGUGGUUAUGAAGAAGGCAGGUGCCAAGGGCCAAAUCAUGAUGAUUUGUUUUUUACUUGUCUUGUUCAUUAUUCUAUUUGUGCUCGUCUUCCUGACAUAGGUAAAGGUAAAUCGAGUUGAGCACGAGGAGAGCAUUCAUAGAAUAAGUCGGGAUUUUUCACUUUUGUUGUAAACGUAUUGCUCGUGAGGUAAAAUAUGAUUCAUCAUCAAACUCAGUGGGAUGUGACGAGCAAAAUGUGAUCAAUGUUUUUCUCAGUAUUGUUUCAAGGUAGUGUUGUGUUUCA